AUGAUUCUUUCCUCAACGGUUUAUCGUAUUACUUUGGGUUUUCGUUGCAUCUCUAUUUCGUCUUCUUCAGCAAUUUUCAGAAAUUGUCUUCGGACGACCAGAGCCACGACUGCAUUUGAAAAUCUUUGCCGGACAUCGUUUCAUUCCUCUCAAGUAAUUGUUUCUCAGAAAGACAUGAAGAUUCGACUACUUCCAGCCUUGAAGGACAAUUACAUGUACCUGCUUAUUGAUGAGGGGACCAAACUCUGUGCAGCCGUAGACCCUGUGGAACCUCAGACGAUUAUGUCUGCUGUUCAAGAAGAGGGGGUGAAGCUGACCACUAUUCUUACAACUCAUCAUCAUUGGGACCAUUCUGGUGGUAAUGUAGGUCUUGUGAAGCUAGUUCCAGGGCUUGAUGUUCUUGGAGGGGAUGAACGCAUUGAAGCACUGACCAAAAAAGUUACUCAUGGUGAUGAGAUUAAGCUGGGUAGUUUGAAUAUCAAAUGCCUGUUUACACCUUGCCAUACCACAGGACAUAUUUGUUACUUUGUUACAAGUGAGGAUUUUGAACAACCUGCUGUUUUUACAGGUGAUACUUUAUUUGUUGCUGGGUGUGGCCGUUUCUUUGAAGGUAACCCUCAGCAGAUGUAUCAUGCCUUGAUAGAAGUUCUUGCAUCUUUGCCUCACAACACACGAGUUUUCUGUGGCCACGAAUACACUAUAAACAAUCUGAAGUUUGCAGCCCAUGUGGAACCCAACAAUAAAGCAAUAAAAGACAAGAUGGUUUGGUCAAAGAGCCAAAGAGACAAAAAUUGUCCAACUAUUCCUUCAACAAUUGGUGAAGAACUUCUAUUUAACCCCUUCAUGCGAGUCAGGGAAGAAACAGUUCAGCACCAUUCAGGUUGCAUUGAUCCAAUUGAAUCACUUCCAAAAACAACCAAACCCCAAAAAACUGUCCGAUCCCGAACGACGCGCACACCGUUAAUGCGAACGCCAACCGCUUUUGUUUACGGAAUCAUCUCUUUUCAUUGGUCGACGGUAUACGCGAGAAUCAAUGAACGCUUUCUUUCUUUCUUUCUUUCUUUUCCGGCGGAGAAUUUACGCUGUCGCUUGGUUUUGCCAUUUUCUUCGCUACAGAGACAAUAUUUGGAGUCGGGUAAAAUAGAAUGA